AUGUUCAAUGUUUUUGAAUUAUUUCUGGGAUUUUUUGAAACCAAAUUAACUGAUGCUGCAACGUUGUAUUCUUUAUUAACUAAUGUUUUAUCUCAAUUUGAAUUGGAUUUGUCGGAUUGUCGAGGACAAUGUUACGAUGGUGCUGCUAACGUAAGUGGACAUAUUACUGGGCUUCAAAAAAGAAUAAAUGACAUAGAGCCACGUGCAUUAUAUGUUCAUUGUUCAGCACACACAUUGAACUUAGUUGUGCAAGAUGCCAUGAUGACAGUAGAAAAAUCUCAACUUUUAAAUGCAGAGUUGCAAAGAGUAACAUUAAGCUUCCAAGAAGCACAAAAUAAAAUUAAAAAUGUAAGAACAUCAAUUCAAGAACAAAGGAAUUCUGGUUUUGAUAUUUUAUGGAAUGACUCAAAACUAAAGUCAAAUGAAUUGUGUUUGGAAGAAAAAGAUAAAACUAGAACCCGAAAACUACCAAAACGAUUUAAUGAAGGGAGUGAACCACAUAUAUUUUCUGACAUUCGAGAAGAAUAUAAAGCUUUAUUCUAUGAGAUUAUUGAUGUAACAUUAGCUUCAUUAGAUAGGCGGUUUCAACAAAAUGUUAUUGAACAUUUAUCAUUAAUUGAAAGAUUCAUCAUUGGGGAAGAAACUUCACAUAAACAUAUAAUUAAAUUUUAUGGAUCUGACUUUGAUGAUGAUAAAUUGCAAUUACACAGGGAUAUGUUUUUAGAUGUAGCAAAAUCGAGAAAGGUGCCAAUUAAAAAUGUUGAUGAUGUCUUGAAGCUAAUGAAAAACGAUGAUGCACUUUGUCAAAUGUUACCAGAGUUAAAAAAAAUAUUAUGCAUAAU